AUGGCACCCAGCAGAGCGCUGAUACGGGAGGUGUGCUCGAUACGGGCGCGCCAUGCGAUUCCGCGGCCGCAGCGGCGGUGCUUUGCCUCGGCGCCGCAGCAGGGGGGUGGACCACUGGCGGGGAUCCGUGUGCUGGACAUGACGAGGGUGUUGGCGGGGCCGUAUUGUACGCAGAUGCUUGGGGACUUGGGUGCAGAGAUCAUCAAGGUCGAGCACCCGACGCGUGGGGAUGAUACGCGCGCGUGGGGCCCGCCUUACGCCACGUAUCAGCCAGGUACCAAGGAAGGACCAGGAGAGAGUGCCUAUUUCCUCGCCGUCAACCGGAACAAGAAGUCAAUCGGCCUUUCGUUCCAGCACGAGGAAGGCGUCAAGAUCCUCCACGAGCUGGUCCGCACAUCAGACGUGUUGGUUGAGAACUACAUUCCAGGCGCCUUGAAGAAGUACAAGCUCGAUUAUGAGUCCAUGCGCGCAAUCAACCCCAAACUCAUAUACGCCUCCAUAACGGGCUACGGCCAGCACGGCCCCUACUCGCAGCGCGCCGGCUACGACGUCAUGGUCGAGGCGGAGUUCGGGCUGAUGCACAUCACUGGGGCGCGUGACGGCCCACCCGUCAAGGUCGGUGUGGCAGUCACGGACCUCACCACGGGGCUCUAUACGGCCAACGCUAUUCUCGCCAGCCUGCUGCAGCGGGGCCAGGACCCCGAGGCCCAAGGCCAGCAUCUAGAUGUCGCGCUCAGUGAUUGCCAGACGGCGACGCUGGCCAACAUCGCCAGCAGUGUGUUGGUAAGUGGGGAGCGGGAUGGUGGGCGGUGGGGCACGGCGCAUCCUAGUAUCGUGCCAUACAAGGGUUUCAAGACGUCGGAUGGGGAUGUCAUGCUGGGCGGGGGCAACGAUCGGCUGUAUGGCGUACUGUGCGACAGGAUCGGGAAGCCGGAGUGGAAAACCGAUGAGCGGUUCGUGACGAACAAUCUCAGAGUCAAGAAUCGGGAGACGCUGGAGAACCUGAUCGAGGCAGAGACGAAGAAGAAGACGACCAAGGAGUGGUUGGCGGUCCUGGAGGGCAGUGGCAUGCCGUACGCGGCUAUCAACGAUGUGAAGGAUACGUUAGAGCACGAGCACACCGCGGCGAGGGGUAUGGUGACGGAGAUUGAGCAUGAGUCGUGUGGCAAAAUGAAGGUUGUCAGUCCCCCUGUCAAGUACGGGAGGCCGGGGAUGGUGGGUGUCAGGAGCGCGCCACCAACGCUGGGGCAGCAUACUGAAGGUGUGCUGCAAGAGGUGCUGGGCUACCAGGUGGAGCAGGUGAAAGGUCUGCGCGAGAAGGGUAUUGUCGCCUGA